AUGCUACUGUCGCGCUCAAUACUGGUGGCCGUUCUCGCUUUCACGACAGCUCUCGUUCAGGCGCAACUCACCGGGCCAGAUCCACCAUAUCUACCGCCGCCUAUCUUGGAUGGGACCGUUCAGACGACGGUGACGAACAAGACAAAUCCCCAGUGGUCGAGGCUGCUGGGGAAUUUGCUGUGGUUUUAUGAGGCCCAGCGAAGCGGGGAAAUAAGCACAGGGUACCCGGGUUCGCGUGUCGACUGGCGGAAUGACAGCGCUUUGGACGACGGUAUCGACGCUCGGCUAGACCUGAGUGGAGGGUACUAUGACGCUGGCGACUACAUCAAAGCCACAUUUCCUCUGUCCUUUACGUUGAUGUCUGUUUGUUGGGGAGGUUUGGAUUAUGGCAAAGGUUAUGACAUGGCCAAUCAAACGGCUUACCUUGACGGCAUGUUACGAUGGGGCCUUGACUGGCUUAUAAAGGCUCACCCAAACGACAAUACCUUAUUCGUACAAAUCGCAGAUUCUAAAAAAGACAAUAAUUAUUGGGGGAACGACCAAGAUAUACCAAGACCCCGGCCGUCAUUCCAGAUCAACGCAACACAUCCAGGUACCGACGCUGCAGCGGGUGCUUCAGCAGCAUUUUCCGCCUGCGCUGCCCUUUACGCCAACCAUUCGUUCCAGGCGCCCUAUUCCUCCCCAGCUUCCCUUGCCAACACCACCUACGCAUCUAUCCUGCUCUCACAUGCACAUUCACUGUAUUCCUUCGCGCAAAACGCGACUGGCGGAAAGAUGACGUAUCAAUCCUCCGUCCCUGUGGUGGCAGAUGCCUAUAAGUCUUCGUCGUACAAGGACGAGCUGGUCCUUGCGGCACUUUGGUUAUCCUGGGCCGCCACUCCGAGUACGUAUAAUGCCAGCGCGCUCUUCACCGAGGCUUCGACUAUGUACCGCACAUUUGCAUUGACGGAAAACCUCGGCGGUAAAGAAGGAGACAAGGUCUUCAACUGGGAUGAGAAGACUCCUGGUCUCCCUGUCUUAUUUACCCAGAUCGGCCUCACGGAUCGUAUUCCUGGUAGUAAUGAUGUCGGCCCUUGGAGGAGUGAAGCGGAGAAGUAUUUCGACAGAUUAGUUACUGGUCAAGGGACUUCGGAUUUCACACCAGGCGGCUUGAUGUGGUGGGAUGGUGACUCCGAUUCGGCGAGUCUGAAUCCGGCUAUGAAUGCUGCAAUGCUUCUCGCCCGUUAUGCGCCUAUUGCUUCUACGACUGAAAAGACGCACAGCUAUCUGACAACCGCACAAACUCAAAUCGACUACGUGCUGGGGAAGAACCCCAUGUCAGUGCCCUACAUCGUCGGCUCGAACCCCAACUCGCCUCUCAACCCCCACUCGGCUCCUGCGUCUGGCGGCACGUCCGUUGAAAAGAUCGACACCGACCCUCCACUCGGUCAGUCAGAGAACAUCCUCUUCGGGGCCGUCGUUGGCGGGCCUACGCAUCAGGACCUCUUCCACGAUAUCCGCUCCGAUUGGCCGCAGACUGAGGUGGCGUUGGAUUAUAAUGCGCCGUUGUUGACGUUGAGCGCUAUGAGCGUGAGCAACGCGCUGGCGAGUGUGGCGGGCGGGGAGAACGUCGAUCCGUACUUCACGAGGCUGAAGGGUGGGGAGUAUGAGAGGGUCAAACCCCAAGGCAAGCCCUGCGACGCGGUCUUCCCUUGUGACUCCGAGAAGACUGGUCUCGGGCGAAGCGGAACGAUCGCAAUAGCAGUGGUUCUAAGUUCAGUGGGCUUCAUCAUAUUGGGUUUGCUAGCCUGGUAUGUCAGGACUGUUCGGAAUAGGACGACUGCAACGGCAUAG